AUGGCAAAAAAUAAGGAAAAACGCUCUUCGACAGGGAAAGCUUCGCAGGCCGAAAAACCUCACGAUGUCGGCGAGUCUAAAGCCUCUGCCGAUGAUAAUAUCCUCUCUCUUGACGCCGGAGCACUUGCCAACCUCACUCGAAAUAUCGAACAAAAAUUGAAAGACGGGAAAGACGCCGCGAACAAGAAGUCUCAGAGGCAAGUCAAUAACUCGAGAACUGGAACGAAGAAGUCGCCGUUGAAAGAUGUUAGAGAAAAGAAAGAGACUACCAACAAGCCACAGAAUUCGAAUCAGGGCAAAAAACGGAAUCGGGAUGGAGAAUUUAUUGACAAACCCGCCAAAGGUGGAAAUGCCGAAAUAGACCGAAGUCAGGAUAAUAUCUUAAGAAAAGAGAUUUUGGCUUUGGGUGGUAGCGAGGAAGAUUUUGAUCUUGUGGCGGAGGUAGCUUCAGAUUCGGAGGUUGAAGGGCCCGCAUCUGGCCCGAACAAAAGGGCUGGGUCGAGUGAUGAUGCGUUGAGAAAAGAAUUAGCUCAAUUGUUGAAAGAUGCUGGGCAGUUCAAUCCUGAGAUUGCGGAUGAUCAAGUCGAGGAACCAUCUGCUAGUGAAGAUAGAAGUGGAGAGGAGGAGGACGAAGACGAGGACGAGAUUGAAGAUUUUGUCGACGCAAAUUCGAGUGCAUCUGAGGGUGAUAACACCAAUUUAUCCUCGAAAAAAGUUGCAAAAGCGAAGGUUGCAGAAGCUGCUGAUAAGAAAAAGAUCGCUCUUGCGGAGACUCAGUCACAAUUUCCCAAGGAAUAUUCACGAUUGACUAUUAUGCCUAGAGCAGACUGGUACGAAACCGAGUUACCAUCAAUUUCAGCUCCAAAGGUAACUACCGGCCUUCCGAAAUUCCUUGUAGACCGAAUACAACAACAUGCCACCUCGUUGCUUGAAAAGGAGAACCAGUUAUACUCGCAGAUUCAACAGCAAUCAUCUUCGUCGUCUCACAAGUUUUACUCGACUAUUAUGACAUCGGGAACAUUGAGCGAUAAGAUUUCGGCGCUUACUUUGGCUGUACAAGAGUCGCCUAUUCACAAUAUCAAGGCCCUGGGAGACCUUGUUGCAUUGUCGAAAAAGCGUAGUCGUGCCCAGGCCGUCGAUGUUUUACGGUCUCUCAAGGAUUUAUUUGCGCAAGGGACACUUUUGCCCAGCGACCGCAAGUUGAAAGCAUUUGCGAACCAUGCGGAGCUUGUCGCAGCGUUCCAAAAAGCUGGGACCAAAUGGACCGAACAUGAUCCUUUACCCGGUGGUCUUCAAACUCAACAUUUGAUCGUCUGGGCAUUUGAGGAUUACCUCAAGGCUCAAUUUUUCGAGAUUCUGAAGGUGUUGGAGAUUUGGUGUAAUGAUGAAAUUGAGUUUUCGCGUACUCGAGCCGUUAGUUACGUCUAUGAGCUUCUCAAGGAGAAGCCCGAACAAGAGGCCAACUUGCUGCGCUUGUUGGUGAACAAACUCGGUGAUACUGGAAAGAAGAUAGCUUCAAGGGCAUCGUAUCUAUUGCUCCAGUUAUGUCAAGCUCAUCCGUUGAUGAAGCCAACUAUCAUCAAAAGUGUUGAAGAAUUCCUUUUCCGACCUGGCCAAAGCGCACAUGCUAAAUAUUAUGCAAUCAUCACACUUAACCAGACUAUUCUCAGCACAAAGGAGGAGAAGGUUGCUGUUCAACUUCUAGACAUCUACUUUGCGGUUUUCCUUCAGUUGCUCAAAUCAACGGAUAAAAAGAGCUGGAAGGCGGACAAUAAGAAGAAAGGCAAAAAGGACGAUGCAAAGACACAGAAAGCCCAAGCAGAACACGAUGAACAGUUAAAAGAGAAGUUGAUUGCUGCUGUUCUUACUGGAGUCAACCGAGCUUAUCCUUUUACCAGCUCCGAUACUGAUCGGAUCUCCAAACAUCUUGAUACCCUGUUCCGAGUUACUCAUUCCUCCAACUUUAACACAAGCAUCCAAGCUUUGAUGCUAAUUCAACAGCUCACUGCUACGCAUCAGAUUGCAGCUGAUCGGUUCUAUCGUACCCUAUACGAGUCUCUUCUCGAUCCUCGAGUUGCAACGUCAUCCAAGCAAUCACUCUACCUGAACUUAUUGUACAAGGCGUUGAAGAACGAUUCGAGCAUUAAACGAGUGAAAGCGUUUGUCAAACGACUUGUUCAGGUAUUAGGACUACAUCAACCAUCUUUCAUUUGUGGUGUCUUCUUCCUGAUACGAGAACUGGAAAAGACAUAUCCCUCGUUAUCGUCUCUAAUAGACCAACCAGAGGAAGAUGAAAGCGACGAGGAAGAAGUCUUUCGUGAUGUACCUGACGAGAAGGAUCAACAAGGUGAGACCGCCAAGCAAGCGGAAACGACCACGAAGAAAGUCAUCAAUGGGUACGAUGCCCGAAAGAGAGAUCCUCAGCACAGCAAUGCUGACAAGAGUUGCUUGUGGGAAUUGCUUCCCCUACUCUCUCAUUUUCAUCCUUCAGUCUCUGCAUUGGCUUCUCACCUUCUCAACCAUGAGCCCCUAAGCGGCAAGCCAGACCUCACGCUGCACACGUUGACUCACUUCUUGGAUCGAUUCAUCUACCGUAAUGCCAAGGCAGCUGGUACACCACGUGGUCAGUCGAUCAUGCAGCCGCUCGCAGGAACCGACAGUCAUGACCUACUGGUUGGUGCCAACGCUCUGGCUGGCGAUGCACGUGCACAAGUACCUGUCAACUCGGAAGCAUUCUGGCGCCAACGCGCCGAGGAUGUUGCUGCCGAGGACGUAUUCUUCCAUGAAUACUUCAACCGAGUGAGCAAGGACAAGACGGGUAAGAAAGCUCAGAGGAGGGCCAAGGAUCCUGUUGCCCGUGACGAAGAAGCGGGUGAUGAAAGUGGUAAUGAAUCCGAGAUCUGGCAAGCACUUGUGGAAUCACGCCCUGGUCUUGAGGACGAUGACGAGGAUGAUGAUUUGGAUAUGGAUGAUCUCGAAUCAGCUUAUGACGACGAGGAUGUCGAGGGCUCUGAUGAUGGGGGAGUCAUUUUCAACGAUGAGUCAGAUGAAGAGGAGGUGGAUCUUGACGAUGCUGAAGAAGAGGAAGAAGAUGUUGAGACGGAGGUCAAACAAAAGACACUCAAAGCAUCUGCCCCUAAGGAUGAGGAUGAGGAUGAGGACGACGAGGACUCAUUCGACAUGGAUGUCUCGGACGAAGAAGCCUUCCGCGACAGUGACGAGGACCUACCGUCUGACCUUGAUGUUGAUAUGGGCGGAGUCGCUCUACCGGCUAGCACUGCAGACGACGACGCGACAACAAAGAAGUCGAAGAAGCGCAAGCUUCGUCACUUACCUACUUUUGCAUCUAUGGACGAUUACGCAGCAUUGUUGGCGGACGAGGAUGAUGGGUUGGUAUGA